AUGAUCAAUAUUUCAAAGACACUAACACGUGAUCCAGAAAAUGAUGUUCCUCUUCUCGUUUUCUAUGCUUUAGUCGGCAAUGAUGUCUGUAAUGGCUAUCCGAAUACAAUUGAUCAUAUGACUACUGUAGAAGAGAUGCGUACCAAUGUAUUGACCAUUCUUACUUAUCUUGAUACGAUUUUACCGAAAGGUAGUCACUUGUUGACAACCGGUCUAGCCAAUGGUAGUCUCUUAUAUGAAUUAUUACACAAUCGUAUUCAUCCACUGGGUCGUGUUGGUACACCGGUAACCUAUGCACAAUUUUAUACAUAUUUAUCUUGUCUGCAAGUAUCUCCAUGCAAUGGAUGGCUAACAACAAACGAUACACUACGUGCAUUUACUUCUCAACGAGCAGUCGAUCUCUCCGAAGCAAUACGUAAUGUGACAUUAGAAUAUUCACCCAAGAAUUUUGAUCUUGAUUAUUUCGACGUUUCUGUGGCUGACGUUUUCGCAGCAUGGAUAGCACAAGGUGGAGAACCAUGGCAAUUAGUUGAAAGUGUCGAUGGCUUUCACAUCAAUCAAUAUGGUCAUGCAUUGAUAUCAGAUUUCACUUGGACAUGGUUAGAAAAAAAUAAACCUCAUUGGUUACCACAAUGGAAUCCGCACAAUGCAGACAUCGAACGCAUUUUUAAAGAUCAAGGCGGCUAUUAA